AUGGAGCGCCAACCGCCUUCAUCCUCGCGCUCCCCCAAGCGCCCACGCAGUCCCAAUGCUGCAUCCAGCGACCAGAAGAAGCCGCGACUGUCCUCCUCCCCACCUAUCGGCUCUGUGCGCGACGACACGCUGCGUAUCGUCACCCAAGUGCUGCGCGACGAGAACCGCCAGCUCAUGGAGGACCGCGAUGCCCUCGAAAAGAGCAAAGCGGCGCUGACGGAGAAACUCGCACAUACUCAGCGCAGUUUGAGGGACAUGGAGGACGAUAUGGCUCGCUUGUAUCGCCAGAAGCAGAAGGAGAUGGACACACAGCGUUGCGAGUUCGAACAGAAGCUGCAAGAGGCUACAGCAAAAGAGUCUAAGGAGAUAAACGCUACUCUAUUAUACUCCAAACAGACAGCUAAAGAGAUGAACAGCUUCUUACGCAGCUGUGAGCUCUGGAAAACGAGAUUUACUGCAUUAACUGGGCAGCUAGAGAUAAAGACGGAGAAAAUAGCAGCUCAGCAGGUACAGAGCGUCGUCCGAGACCUGGUGACGAGUGUGGAGGUCAAAACACUCAAGAACGAGGCAGAGAGAGAGCAGAGGCUGUUGCAAUGGGCCACGUGGAUCCAGGAGGACACUGCUAAGUGUCUAGAAGAGAGAAACAAUGAGAGACAGGACACGGAGGCCUUUGAGGCCAUGGAGAAGCAGUUAAUGGCCGAUCGAGUGGUGGAGUUGGAGACGCAGUUGGCGCAGAAGAGAACAGUGGAGAAAGAGAAGGAGAUGGAGCUGUCUUCUUUAAGAGCAGCACAGGAAGAGACUGUAGUGAAGGAGGAGGCUGAAGCUGAGAAGAAGAGAAUGGCUAAAGAAUUGGAACAGAUGAAGAAGAAGAUGGAGAUUUUGACGCAGGAGAAUGUGACGUUAAAACAGCUUAACGAUAAGCUGGAGGAGAAACAUAUGUAG